CCUUUCCCUCGCCAACACACACACACACACACGGGUUUGGAUCACACACACACACACACCUCCUCUCUCUCCUUUCCCCCGCCUCUACUACUUUUCUGCAUCUCAAGUAUUCGAUCCUUUGUUUUGUGAUGGCCGGAAAGGGUGAAGGGCGGGCGAUAGGAAUCGAUUUGGGGACGACGUAUUCAUGUGUGGUGGCGUGGAAGCAUGACCGCAUUGAGAUCAUACCAAAUGAUCAGGGCAACCGCACCACCCCGUCUCAAGUCGCUUUCACUGCCACCGAUCGUCUCAUUGAUGACGCCGCCAAGAAUCAAGUCGCCAAUAAUCCCAUCAACACUGUUUUCGUUACUCGUGCUAAAUUCGAGGACCUUAACAUGGAUUUAUUCAAGAAGUGUAUGGGACUGGUUGAGAGUUGCCUGAUUGAUGCAAAGAUGGAGAAGAGCAACGUAGAUGAGGUGGUGCUGGUGGGUGGGUCAAGUAGGAUUCCCAAGGUCCAGCAGAUGUGGGAACGAGGCAUGCAAGACUAUUAAUCCAGACGAAGCUGUGGCAUAUGGUGCUGCUUUGCUGCUGCCAAGUUGGAUGGUCACGGCAAUAAGAGGUUGCAAAAUGUGGUGGCUUCCAACAAACAUGCACAGGUGUAUCAUUUUAACAAGAAGAUGAAGGAGCUCCAGACUGUUUUCAAUCCCAUCAUCGCCAAAAAGAUUAAGAAUUAAAAUUGAUGAUUGGCAGGAUCUCGUUGGUUUUUCUUUGCUUUUAUCUAUCAAGACUUUUGUUCAUGUUUAUGUGAUGAUUUCUGUGAGGUGCUUGGUUUAAG